UACCUUUAAAUACCACACCCAAAACAUAAACUUUCACUACACAAAAGUAAACCUUUUUCAGGUCCUUUAAAAAUACUCUCACAUUCCUCUGCAUAUCCAGUAGAUACAAAACAACAACUCCUCCUUUUUUUCAAAAAAAAUAUCCUUUGAACAAUGGAGGACAACAGAUAUUACAUGAAGCGUAAUCAAGUUCCAGCAUUUGGUAGCUGGGAUUGUAAUGAUAAUGAUUUUCCAAUUCCAUUUACAGAGUGUUUUGAAUCAGCUAGACAAGCUGGUUUAAUUCACUAUACUUACUCACAAGAUUCAGAUUUGUAUGUAACUGGAGAUCUUUACCAGAAUCAUAUUGUUACUCCCACAAUGAUCGUUGUUCCUCGUCGUAAGAAAAAAGGAAGUUAUAAAGAAGGAAGAAAAGAGGAAUGGGUGAUGUGUGAUAAUUGUGAGAAAGAGUCACCAAGGCAUGUGGUUCCAGCAACUACUAGACAUGUGCACAGAAAGCCUGUUGAUGAAGAUCUUUACAAGAUUUCACCUGACUUGCUCUACACCAAGUCUAAAAUGAAAGGCAUCCGAGGAUUCAUAUCAAGCUGCUUGAUGCCAAGUUGUGGUUGUUGAAUUUAAAGCAAAACGCAUAUAAGAGAAGAUGUGUGUUAGUAUAUAUACUAUUUUACUAUAGAGAUGUUUGAAGUGUUUUUUGGGGUUCAAAUCAGUAAAAAAUGGCCAAAGAUAUGAAAUAUUGGUCAUCUCAAGAAGAUAAAUAUAUCAUUAUUGUUAUAUAGUACAAAAAUAGAGGAAACUUCCCUAUAACUUCUGUUGCAAACAGUAUGUUUCUUCUUGGAAGUAAUUUGAUGUUCUAGUACUAGUAGUACAUUAUAUACUAGUGGUGUUGGCUUUUUGUAAUUUAUAUAAUUAUGAGGAAAUGAUAUUAGUAUUACUUUUGAGUUUA